AUGACACAACCGAUCCGAACAUUAUCUGUGCGCAGAUUAGCAGUGCAACAACCGCGAUCGAUGGCUAAUCGGACCUGGCUACCGCCGAUACAUACGACUGCUCGGAGGAGCUACUCCGCCCGUGACAAAGUAAACGAGGCAGAACCCGGGGGCCAGCGGCGACUAAUAAUUGCUGCGUGCGUUGCUGUGCCAACUUUGGGCGUCUUGUGGAUGCGCAGCGGGAAACAGACCCUCGAUGAUGCUGGCCGAGGUGCCAAUCAAGAGUACAAAAAAAGUGCCGAGGGCAAUAAAUAA